AUGAUGGAGAGCCCCGCACCCGUCUCCCCAGGGGCCCAUGCCCCAAACCACGAUUCGAUGGUGACCGUGUCCCUGUCCAACUCCGAACACUCCCAACCGGAUUGGCGGACGCUUGAUAUUCCCCCGACCCCGAUCGAAGCGAGCCAUGAUAUAGAGGCCACCAAGAUGAAAACCGAGUCCUUUGGCCCAAUGCCCCUACAGGAUGCCGCGCGAAGCACCCCCACCCCUAGGGAUGAACCGCCAACCCCAACCUCACUCGCCGACGGAUCCGGGGAAGACACUCGAGGAGAAGAAGACACCGACACCGAAGCGGAUUGGGAGAAUCUGGACAAAACUGAAGAACAGGAACCCCGCGGGGAGAGCUCGGACGAGUCCACAGCUCUACUCCUAGCCCGCUUGGAACAAGAGAAUAAUGCGUUGGCAACCAACCCCAAGUCCGGAUUGGCUAACAAUCCCACCCCUCCUAAUGUGCCGCACAUCCAGCGACAUCAGCGACAGUCCCGCUCCCAGUCGCUCGUCCAGAUCAAGAAAUUGAUCAAUGAUCCGGGACGGUCUGAGUUACGCUUUUCCCAACUUCAACCGCCGCCGAUGACGGAACUGGAGUUUUGGGCGGCCCUGGUGGCUGAUUAUCCGCAGACAGCCCAGCGACUCCCAACUUUAACCUCAAACAAGAUACAAGGCGGUGUGCCACCACCUCUGCGAGGGGUGGUCUGGCCUAGCUUGGCUGGUGCUCGCGAUCCGUCCCUGUUGGACGAUUUCCAGCGACUCUCAGGCGAGAGCAGCCCUUAUGAUGGACUGAUCGGCAAGGACAUUGGGCGCAGCUUUCCGAAUGUGGAGAUGUUUCGUGACCCGAACGGGGAGGGCCAGCAGAUGUUGGCUCGUGUUCUAAGAUGCUUUAGUCUGUAUGAUGCAAAAAUUGGAUACUGCCAAGGUCUUGGGUUUGUGGUUGGCCCGUUGCUCAUGCACAUGUCGGAUGCCGAAGCUUUCUGUGUACUUGUUCGUCUCAUGGAUCAUUAUAAUCUUCGGACAUGCUACCUACCUGAUUUGUCAGGCCUCCAUUUACAUGUAUAUCAGUUCCAGAAUCUCCUGGCGCGGCAUCGCCCGGCUCUAUUCGAGCACUUGGAGUCUCUGAGUGUCGAACCUGUUUACGUGUCCCAGUGGUUCCUUUCCUUUUUUGCAGUCGCUUGUCCCUUGCCGAUGCUCCUGCGAAUCUACGAUGUGAUUUUCCUCGAGGGUGCCUGUGAAACAUUGAUGCGUGUUGCACUUUCCCUGAUGCAACGAAAUGAGAGAAGAAUCUUGGCUUGUACUGAGUUCGAGGACGUCAUGCAGUUGCUUCUGUCACGAAGCUUGUGGGAUACAUACGCGUUCAAUGCCGAUGAUCUUGUAAACGACUUUGUGUCUUUGACCCCUCUGGUCACCAAGGAAAGUCUCCAGGCUCUGGAAGCUAGCUACAACCAAUCUCAAGGCGUACAGACUGGCAUCUCCUUCCCCCAGAUGCAGGCCGCGGCAUCUCGCUUCCUUGGACGUCUUUGGGCGGGCUCAAACUCUCACCAUUCCGUCAGAUCUCUGAACCCCAACCCAACCCCCUCACGUCCGAACAGCACAAUUCGCCGCUCUACGUCCAAGCAGAGUAUGACCUCAACUCUAAAUUCGGUGGAGACGACAUCGGACGCGAGCACUGCCCCGACAGAGCUGACAGCUGCAACUGCAAGCCUUGAUAGCCCCAAGGCUCGCAUCAAGUCUAACAUGUCGACACAUCACAAAGACCGAGACCUUCAUACUCAGAUCGAGGAUUUGCUGAUGGCAUUGAGUGACCUUCAGCGUCAACAUGCUGAUUUGACACUCGAACUACAACAAGAACGCGAGGAGCGCGAAGAAGACCACGCAUUAGCGAAAGAAAUGCUCAGGCAAAUCCAAGAGCCAAUACCCGGAGACCAAACAACCGAACUGAUCUCAAAGGCUAGGGCUCGCUUCGCGUCGAGCGAGCCCAAAAGCUUGUCAAUUACCCAGACAAAGCAACAACUUUAUGACGAUAUGACUCGAUGGAAAGAAAUGCACGAGGUGGAAUCUAGCAGAUGUCUGAACCUUACCCGACGAAUGGACGAUUUUGAAAAAGAUAAUUCCUCUUUGAAAGAUCAACUUCGUGAGGCUCGGAGUCGAAUUCAAGAUGGGUAUCGUGAUCGACAGCGACUAGAACGGAUGAACCAAGAACUUCGCUCUCUGAAGAUUGCUGAGCCCUCAGCAUCCACUUCCGAUGUCUCAUGCACUUCUCCAGACUCCGAAUCAUCCUCUCCCACUGGCCUUCGCGAAUUAAAGCUGGUGCGCACAAACUCACAUAAGAGUCCUACAUUCAACAAGCGUUCGAGUAGCCUAGGCUUGCAGAACGUGUUGGUUACGGAGAAUAACAAACCAGCGGCCGAAGAGACCUUGCUUCUCGAGCUGGUCAAUGCAAAGACCGCGGAAGCAGUCGCCAAGCAGGAGCUAGAGGAAGUAAAGGGAAAAUUGGACGCACUGCGAAAGAUGAUCAGUGCUCCACAUACUCAGAAUGUCAGCAAGUUGCAGAAUCGGCACUCCUUCAUUGGAAACUCUCCAUCCACAACAAGCAUAUCCAAAUCUUCCCCUGAGCCUGUCAAGACACCUGGCACCUCCACCAAUGUUGGCUCCGGAGGCGGAGGAUUCUUUAGUGGAUGGGGUCGUCGAGCUGCACCGGCUGGAAACGAGUCCCCAAAUUGA